GUCAGACAAAGACACUUUAUGAUUUUCUCCGAGGUUUGUUUGGAGUUGAUGUCACACUUUUAUAUUUCACCUUUGCUGGAUUUGGAAAAAAGACACCGAAAUGUCCACUACCUUAAAAGAAGUUUCAGAGAUCUCUAUCCCACUCCCGUGGGGACAGAUCAAAGCUAGAGCAUGGGGUCCUGAUGAUGGUUAUCCUGUGCUGUGCCUACAUGGCUGGGCAGACAACUGUGGUUCAUUCAACACCCUCAUUCCUCUUCUACCUAAAGAGUGCAGAUAUGUGGCACUGGACCAUGCAGGUCAUGGCUUGUCCUCCCAUCGUCCUUCUGGAGUUUUCUACACUUUCCCUUCAUACGUGGCAGAUCUAUACAGAGUUGCUGAUGGUCUCAAAUGGACCAAAUUCUCUAUCAUAGGCCACAGUAUGGGUGGAAAUGUCGCAGGAAUGUUCAGUGCACUGUAUCCUGAGAUGGUGGAUGCGAUCAUUCUGCUGGACGCUCCUGGAUUCCUACCAAAAGAUGCAGCAGAAAUCUCUGAAUUGAUGAGGGAGGGGAUCCAUGAGAUGCUUCAGUAUGAAACAAAGGCAGAGCAGAAAACAAAAGUUUACACUUAUGAGAAGGCAAUGGAGAGGCUGUUAGCUGCAAACCCAACUCUGUCUGAAGAGUCUGUCCGCAUCCUUUUAGAGCGAGGUCUGGCUGCAGUUGAAGGAGGGUUUGUGUUCUCCAGAGACCUGCGCCUUAACUUUAAAAACAUUGUGCGUCUCACUUUGGAGCAGAGUCUGGAGAUGCAGUCUAGGAUAAAGUCCUCUGUUCUUGUUGUUCUAGCAGACAAAGGUUUGAGUACUCUUCAAGACUCAAAACAAAAGGAAACAAUAUCCACACUUCUCCAAGGAUAUCUUGACAGAAAUCACACGGUGGUUACAGUUCCAGGCGAUCAUCACGUCCAUCUGAAUAAUCCUGAAGUCGUCGCUCCAGUUGUUUCUGACUUUCUGCAGCGUAAAGUGAUCUCACAGCAGCUGUCAGCAUCGUGAAACCCACAUGCACACAUAUACUUAGCAUAAAACUUCACACUUCAAGCCUCAUCAAACUGUUCUUAUCCCUCUCAGUUUGCAUUUUCUCAAAACUAAUGAGUAACUAUUUGAAUAAUCCUAAGAGGAUUCUUCACUGACUCUGAAUAAUUACACCUCAAUGUUUAAACGACCACUAAAUUGGCUUCAGAUUCACUCAAAAUGCCUGCAUGAUUUAGUUGUCUGAUUGUGGGUGUUUUGUAUGACCCCUCCUACCACGUCUGCUUCCAGAAAACUUAAUUAAUUGUUUAUGUAAUACCUUUUUUUUCCCCUUUUGUUGAUGGUGUCUUAGCUGAUAGAGUGCCUGCUUUCGUCUUGUUAGAAACAGAUGUACUGUGAAACUAGAGGGGGACCUUUGAAGAAAUGCUGUAGUUAGAGAAUAUGGUAGGAAAAUUAAUUAAAUAAGGCAUAAGGGCUUUCUAAUUUCUAUACACUCACUGACCACUUUAAUAGGUGCACAUUGUUAGUUCAAGGUUGGACGACCCCCCCCCCCCCCCCGGUUUGCCUUCAGAACUGCUGUAAUUCUUAAUGGCAUAGUUUCAACAAGGUUUUGGAAACAUUUCUGAGUGAUUUUGGUCCAUAUUGACACGAUAGCAGUUGCUGCAGAUUUGUCAGUUGCACAUCCAUGAUGCAAACUCCCCAUUCACCACAUCCCAGGGGUGCUCUAGUGGAUUGAGCUCUGUUGACUGUAGAGGCUAUUGGAGUACAGUGAAAUCACUGUCAUGUUCAAAAAAAAAAACAGUUUGAGAUCUGAGCAGUUCUGAGGGCUGGUGCUUUGCAGAAAAAAAAGGAAAUCAUACGCCAGCCCUUUAAACAAGAUUGCUAGUCCAGCCCUCGCCAUUUGUGUUAACAAGUAGUUGAACAGAUGUACCUAAUAAAGUAGCUGGUGAGUGUAUAUUAUAGUAGGAGGACAUAGAGAUAGCAUGAUUUAUUGGAGCAAAGAGCUUUAAAUGAAAUAGAAUCCCACACUAUUAGUAUGAUUUGUGCAUUUUCUUUAUUUAACCACGCCUCCAAAUGUCAUUGCUGAUCUUUUGGACUCUGCUGCUCUUUAUCAACUGAUGGUAAAAAUGGGUAUCAUUAAAAAGAUGACACUGUGUAAACUUCUCAGUAAGUAGGCCAUCCUCUUUGUAUUUGGAACCAGCAAGACAAAAACUCAUUUUUUUACCACUCUUUUACUCAUGAGACUGACUCCAUAAAAGGCUGCAGCUGCCGUCAGUCACAGCAGAUAUGAGAGGAGAUGCUCAUCCAAAAUCCCCUCCUUCUCCCUCUUUCUCUCUCAAUGUCACAUAAACGGUGCGACGGCCUUGGUGUUAAAUGGAGUGGAAUUGAUUUUACGCAGCGAGCAGAAAGGCGGCAAGCAUCCAGAGACAUCUGAAGGGCUUGCCCCCCUCCUACUCCUCCAAAAAAGAAAAAAAAAUAAGAUUAUAGUUAUAUAAGUUUCCCUCCCACUCCCUCCAUCCUCUCAGCCAGCAGCAGGGGUGUUGCCAUAGCAACCCCCACCCUUCGAAUUUGAACGUCAGAGCCAGGAGCUGGAGGAUGAAGCCGCAUGCAGCUUCUGUCUCUUGUGCUGCUCAGAGAGCACCUGUGAUUUUGGACGUCUCACUUGCAACAUUUAGAGGUGCUGCACUGGAGGAAAUCUGAUGUUUGAUUGGAGUCUCGGCUGCUGCACAUCACGUACUAUCAAACACAGAAAGACUAAACUGAUUCUGCUGCACUGAAAGCAGUGAUGUCGUGGCUGUUCCUGGACUGGUUCGUCCCCCUCUACCUGCUGGUGUCGGUGUUGGUACUGGCAGGAUUCGGAGCGUGUCUGUACUUCUUGGAGCCCGGGCUGCAGGAUGCCCACAAGUGGAGCAA